UGUACUUGUCAGUCCGUCUAGUUGUUUAACUAAAGAUAGAAGUACAUCUUGUAUUGGCAAUCAUGUUGAAACAAAGAAACGCCGCUCUUUUCUCUAUCUAUUUAAUUUUACACACAGUUUUCGGAUUAAAUGAUGAGGAACCGAGUUGUAUGCCUUCGUGUAACUAUGAUAUGCUAAAUAGAUUAAUAAUGCUCGAACAAGAGGUAAAAUAUUUGAGACAAACUGUUGAGAGUCAGAAAGGAGUGAUAGGUAACUUGGAAGGUCAAGUAAAAGACCUAGAGCCCGAUCCGGUCAUCGCUUUUAUGGCGGAUCUAACCAGUUCUUUAACCGGAAGUAACUACCGCAUCUACUUUAACGACGUGAAGCUUAACAUCGGCAGUGCAUAUAGGUCAAAACAUGGUCUAUUUAUAGCACCUGUUUCAGGAAUGUAUCAGUUUUCAGUUUCGGCAUGUUCAAGUUCAGGACAAUAUAUUGUGCUCGACUUGAUGCAAAGUGACACACUCCUAGGACGAAUGUUGGCCGGAGGUACGACUUAUGAUUCGUGCAACUCUAAAGUGUUCCUAGCUAGCCUUCUGGCCGGUGACGAUGUUUACGUACAACAUGUUGAAACUGGAGAUUAUCUACUUGCUAGUAAUGGAUACGGGUAUCCAAGUUUUACUGGAGUUCUUUUACAUACAACUUAAUAAAUGACAACUUUUAUAAUUCUGUGACACUCACAAUGCUUUGUUCAGAAAAAUGACAUUGUUCAAAACAACAUAAAGCCGAGCUUUGUGUACAAAGAUUUGUUUUUGGCUAUAUAUUACAAGUAUGUUUAUGUUUGGUUGUUUGGUCUCAUUUUAAAAUUAACUCAAAUAAGGUUCAAAAGCAAAUAUAAAUAUAAAAUACGAAUUAUAUAGAUCAACUGGG